GUGGAGCAGAGGGUUUCCUGCUCAGCUCCUGUGAGGACCAGCCUGCCCUGGGAGGUACGACGCCCUAGGACCAGCAUUGUGACUGUGGACCCCUGGACCCUCAGCCCCGGCCUCUCUCCUGGAGGGCCUCUUGGAAGUCGUUCCGUGUCUCCAGACUCCAGAGCCAGCCUUGAAGUCACAGCUGGGAGCCCAGAUUGCUAUGGAGGAGCAGAGACCCACCAAACGCUUCCACUUGAUGGCCCCAGAUCAAGGUGCUCAGCCCUACACGGCGCGCUGCCCUGGGGGAAGAGGCGGAGACCCUGGGGGGCCCGCCGGCCCAGCCCAGCCCUCGAGACCCUUGGCCUACGUGAAGCCCGUCGUCGUGAGAUGCGAGGCCCCCCGCUUCGUGGGAGGCGCCGCGCAGACAGGCCGAACCCGCCGCCGAGGGGGCGGCCACCGGGCCGGGAGGGACCCCCGCGCUCCGGGGGAGCCGGUGCGCCUGCUUGGGCCGGACCCGCGUGUGGAGCCGGGGCCCCGCCAGCCCCCGGAGCCAGAGGCGGGGCAGACGCAGACCCUCACAGCCAGCAGAGCGGCCGAGGCGGCGGCCGCGCGCGGGCUGACCCGUCAGGAGCUGCAGGACGCCUACGGACAGUGGGGCCUCGGAGAGGUCCGGCCUGCGCACUGCGCCUACGUGGGCUUCGUGCCCGCGGGCUCCGCCAUGAUCAUGGUGCAGACGCAGUCCGGCGUCUACCUCUACUCCAGCCCCGGGGUCCAGGCCCAGUCCCGCCAGCCUCCCUCUCUCUAAAGACCCCCGAGCCGCGCCAACUGCAGCCCCAGCCCUGUGCCCUGAGCCCACCUGCGUUGUCCGGGCUGAACCCUGAACCUGAACGCUCCCCUGCCGGCCCGCCAGCCCACGUCUGCUUCCCAAAGACCAGCAGGACUGAGGCACCGGGCAGAGGGGCCCAGGACGCGCCCCCUGAGCGGGGAGGAGCUGUGGGCGGCGCUCCACAGCCAGCGGGGGCGGAGUCAGGAUGCCCGGGUCCCUGGCGGCCUGCGGAAGGUGGCCAGUGGCUUCCCCUCGGAGGACAGAGGCGGAUGCUAAGCGAGGGCUGGGAGUGACACACGGGGCGAGGCUCCAUCCUGAGAAACUCCAGGAGUUGCUGCCUGGGCAGGCCUGCAGGGAGGGCAGAAUAGGCCAGACCACCCCGCUCCUUCAGCGGCAUCGCGACUCCGGAGAACCCCGAGGAGACAGCCUGGGAGUCUGGGAGUCUCCGGUCCUGUAACCCGGACAGUAAGCUGGACCCGGGGGCUGGCAGACAGGAGGGGCUGGGGGAGCAUCGAGGGAUGGAAGCAGGCCUGAAGGCAGCCCGGGCCUCCUGAGCACAGGAGCGCAUAGGCUGGUGGAAAAGCCCUUCCUGGGAAAGCACUGACGACGUUCUUCAGCCAGGAGACAACAAGAAGCGGGAAGCAGGGAGAUGAGGAAACUGCAUCAUUAUAAAGUCUGAAUGAAGACAACCUGGGCUUCCCUGGUGGCUCAGACAGUAAGGAAUCUGCCUUCAAUGUGGGAGACGCAAGUUCGAUCCCUGGGUGGGGAAAAUCCCCUGGAGUACGAAAGUGUAACCCACUGCAGUAUUCCUGCCUGGAGAAUCUCAGGGACAGAGGAGCUUGGAGGGCUACAGUCCAUGGGGUGCCAAGGAGUCGGACACGACUGAGUGACUAACACUUUCACUAAAGACAGUCCUCAAAGAAAACGGAAUAAUCCAGAACAUAGGAACCUGGGGGGAUGGAAGCAUUCAAAGGAGCUAAAAGUGACUGAGAUUCUGUCUGGUCCCUGGGGUCCUGGGGUAUGUUGAGCCGAAGGAGCAGAGCCCCGGACAUCUGUAAGCAGGGGCGCCCAUUGGCAGCCUCUGAAUGAGCUGGGAUGAAAGAUUCCAAACAGACUGAGGAACACGUGGACCCAUGACUCCGAUGAAUCAAGCAAAAGGCACGGGAGUGACAGAAACACGGAGAAAGCAGGGUGUGUUGACAACGCCAAGGAAGGAGUAGGUGGUGGCGGCCUCCACUCCCAGCUUCACUGGGAGUGCCUUGCACACUUCACCACCAGGCAGGGGUUUUCCGGGGUUUUCUCCCAGCGCUGCUUGAUCAAGUUGAGGUAACUCCCAUCUCCUCCGUCGGAUAAGAGGUUUAUGAUGAACUGGAUUUCCUAUUUUAUUAAGCAGGCUUUGACUGCCUGAUUCAUUUGUAAGAGAAAACGUCCACGGAAAACCAAAAGAAUUCUUCCCACGAAAAAUGUUUUCUUGUGUAUUCAAUGAUCUGCUUGAAUAAACCUUUCUCCUGGCUUUUA